AUUGAAUGAUCUAAAGCCGAUGGCGAAAGGGGGGUUUGGAAGUAUAUAUGUGGCUACAUGGAUAGACGGACCUAGAUGGACUGUGAAAGAAGGGAAGUUGGUUAGAGAUGGAAAAACUGAAGUUGUAAUAAAAGUUCUAGACAAGCUGGAAUGCGGCUCUGUGAAAUUCUUUGAAGAAUUGAAAGUGUGUCUCCAAUGUAGUGUGAGCGGAUCCGUACUUCGGUGCUAUGGUAUCACUCGCGUUCCAUCUUUUGAGAAAUUUGCAAUGGUAAUGGCAUACUGCAGCGAUGGGGAUUUACAUCAAACUCUUCGUCGAUCAUUCUCCACUAUCACAUGGGCUUUCUGUCGAAAGACACUCUGGCAAAUUGCAUAUGGCCUGGAGGAGGUUCACAAGCAUAAUCUAGUGCAUGGUGACUUUCAUUCCGGUAAUAUAUUCAUCGUGGCUGAAGGAGCCAUAAUUGGCGAUCUUGGAUUAUGUCGCCUAGUCGACGAUGUAUCGUCGGAGAGACAACGUGGGUCCUCCUUUGGUGUAUUGCCUUAUGUUGCUCCCGAAAAUUUGAGGGGAAAACCGUACACUCAUAAAUCAGAUGUCUACAGUUUUGGGAUGAUUAUGUGGGAACUUACUACGGCGUCUACUCUUUUUGAGUGGCACUUUGAGAAAAAGAAUCAUCAGGAGUUCAAUACUGCCCAGGCAUUAAGAUUACAAAUGAAACGCCGGAAUGUUGAGGCGGAAUUGCAUUCGCAGGCCGUUUAUACGAGUCGAUUACUUGACUUUCCUGAGGUGAAGGCAGUCCGCGCGAAAGAAGAAACAGGAGAUGAAUCUGAUUACAAAUCGCGCCAACUAGAACUUGCAAUAUAA